CUGUGCUUCGCAGAAAGGCGGGGACAGUGGCAACCCUGGUCAGCGCAGCCUCAGGCAGGAGCCCGUGAAGCAAAACAGACCCAUAUAGAAGCAGUUACAAUACAGCGCGAUGACUCCUAUAGUGCUAUAAAAGCUCAGACUCUGAAGGAACUAACCCGUCAGAAGAAAAUGCAUGUGACGGAAGAAGACCUGGCGUGUUGUCCUCCUCCUAAUGAGAAUAGCUCUGCUCUCAUAAGCCAACAUGAACUUCAUGGACAUCAGCAAAAUGUUCUCCCUCCUGCAGCCCAACAAGGAGGAGGAGGACACUGACACGGAGGAGAAGCAGGCUCUCCGUGAAGCAGUGCACAGAAACGACUCCUAUACCUUGGACCAGCUUUUGCGCCAGGAGCGUUAUAAACGUGUCAUCAACAGUAGGAGUGGCUGGGGUGUUCCUGGGACACCCUUGCGCUUGGCUGCUUCUUAUGGCCACCUGAGUUGUUUGCAGGUCCUCCUGGCACACGGCGCCGACGUUGACAGCUUGGACAUCAAGGCACAGACACCACUUUUUACCGCCGUCAGCCAUGGCCAUCUGGAUUGCGUGGGUGUGCUUUUGGAAGCCGGCGCCUGUCCUAGUGGAAGCAUCUACAACAACUGCUCUCCCGUGCUCACAGCCGCGCGUGAUGGUGCUGUUGCCAUCCUGCAGGAGCUCCUAGGUCACGGUGCAGAUCCCAAUGUCAAGGUGAAACUACCACUCUGGGUGUCGAACAUCAGUUCAUUUUCUGGCCCCCUUUUUCUGGCUGCAGUCUAUGGGCACCUUGACUGUUUCCGCCUGCUUUUGCUCUAUGGGGCAGACCCCGACUACAACUGCACUGACCAGUACCUGUUAGCUCGUGUUACACAGCCCCGCACCCUCCUUGAAACCUGCCUCCACCAUAAUUGUGAUCCAGAGUUCAUCCAGCUAUUAAUUGAUUUUGGUGCUAACAUCUACCUUCCAUCUGUCCUCCUGGAUCUGACCUGGAAAGAUAAUAAAGGUGCCCUGCUACUGCUACAAGCCCGAGCCACUCCACGAUCACUACUAUCGCAGGCCCGUUUAGUUAUCCGCAGAGCUCUGCACCAGGCCAACAAGCUACAAGCCACUGACCAGCUGGAUAUCCCCCCUGUAUUGAUUAGCUACCUCCAACACAAAUUGUAACUUGCAGUCUACCCAGACAUCCACGACACCCUGAAAACCUCUUGGGGACCCAGGUAGCUAGAGAGCACUAUAGCACCUCCCACUCACUUGGAGCUGCUUUCUUGUAUUUCCCUCCACAAUAAAAUCAUCAACAAAAUAAA